AUGGGCAAGAGCAAGGGUAGAGGUGAAUACAACGACUUCUUGGAUGGCGAGAAGCUGCGCGACAAUGCCGAAGUCCGCAUCUCAUUACAAGCAUCGCCGUCCCUAAACCGCAAUGUAUCACCACCUCAUACGCAGCGGCACAGCAAAGGCAGAGGGAAGAACGGGAAAGGCGGAUCCAGGAAACCGCAGUUAACGCACUUUCUGUGCCUGCCCGUCGUCAACGAAAACAGCCGAUAUCAACUUCAUACCCAAUUGUCAAAGCUAAAACGAGAGCUCGGGGACACAGGAUUCCUACCAGUCCAAGCCGUAAGACCACCUGAAACAUUACACCUCACGCUGGGCGUUAUGUCGCUCGACGACGAGCAGCUCCAAGCAGCGACACUGUAUCUCAAAGAGCUAGAUGUGAAGAAAAUCCUCCAAAACGUCACAGCGCAGUGCAUGGCCGAGCAAGCCGCGGAAAGCGGCACCGUCUCGGAAAACCUGAACGCGUAUGCGAUGCCAGAUUGGGAGGCGCUGUCUGUUGAUUUGAAGGGCUUGGUGCCUAUGCAGGUGGCGCAUAAGACAAGUAUCUUGUAUGCGGAACCGAUGGACCAGAGUCAUAGACUGCAGCCAUUUGGAGAGAAGCUGAAGUAUGAAUUUACGAAGAACGGGUUCUUGAUUGAGGACAAGAGGACGCUGAGACUGCACGCUACGGUUAUUAACACUAUAUAUGCUAAGUCGAGAGGGCGGGGUGGGAGAGCGAAAGCUCCCUCACCCAGAGGACAACAGGUCGACAGCGUUGUGGACGGAGUGAACGAUGUAGAGCAUGAUGACGGUGCGUCAACAGCCGGGUCAACGAUAGACGGCCAGGACGAAGUCACUACGGCGCCGCCUGAUCCAUCGACUACAGAGACGCAAGUACCGAAGCUGGACGGCUCGACUGGUCAUGGGCCGGAGGCGAAGAGCUGGUUGCGUUUCGACGCGAGGGAUCUGAUUGAGCGGUUUAAAAAUGUUGUCUGGGCGGACAAUGUCAGAAUCGAUCGCGUGCAGAUAUGUAAGAUGGGUGCGAAGAAAAUUUGGAAUGAUGCAGGGGAGAUCGUUGCGGAAGAGUAUGAGGUCGUUGGAGAGAAGAUCAUCGGAGCGUGA